CAAACAGUAGAGAACCAUAUCUUGUUCCAUCUCCCCAAAUAUAGAACAACCAACCAUUGUACUCCAUAUAUAACUUAUCACCCCCGCUUCACUCACCUGCACCAACGGCCUUCCAGAUGAAGGCUUUCUCUCUCUUCCGCACCUCCGACACCCUCUCGCUCUUCGCUGCAGCCUCUCCGGCGGUAUCUUCCCGUUCAUAUAAUUUCAGGACCCAGCUUUCUUUCCCUCAGAGGCUCGUCUUCUGCCGGGCAGAAACCGAUGGGUCGGUAAGCUUAGUAAACGUGCCUCCAAGUCUGCUAUUAGCCGAAAGAGAAGAGGCUAAGGCUGUGUUGCACAUGUUUUUGACAAAUCAAGGCAUGAAUCGUAUAAAUGCAGCCCGAAAGAUGAAAAAGUUGGACCUUUUCGUUGAUCACCUUAUGUUGAGACUUCACACUGUUUACAAAACCCGAUAUUUAGUAGGACGAGAACUCACUACUCCUGAAAUCCGAGACGCUCUCAUCCCGUACCUAGAAGAGCUUGUUGAGGAGCAUGGGGACAGUUUUGUCGAAGUACUAGAAUACUUUCCGAUUCCGCUAGUCAAAGAAAAAUCAGUGGAAACCAUGCAAAAACCACCCUCUAAUGUUACCGAAACUUCAACUAUGCCCGUCUCUACAGUUUCAGAACCGACCACCAGCUCGAAAAAACCAACCACCACCACACGAGCAAGUAAUAUUGAUGAUACACCAAAUCUCCCACCACACAUUGUUUAUCUCGAACAACUUGGCAUGGAGCGUGAUGUCAUUAAGGAAGUAAUUAGAAAAUUCCCGGCUUUCGGUUACUACAGUUUGGAGGGAAAAAUCAAACCCGUUGUCGAGUUCCUUCUUGACCUCGGUAUAGCAAAGUCAGAUAUCCCCGUGAUUAUCAGUAAACGACCGCAGUUAUGUGGUAUUAGUCUAUCCGAUAAUUUAAUCCCGACGAUGGCAUUUUUAGAAGAUUUAGGGGUUGACAAGAAAAAAUGGGCGAAAGUUAUUCAACGGUUUCCCGCGCUUCUCACUUAUAGCAGAUCGAAAUUACAAGCAACUGUGGAUUAUUUUUACGAAAUGGGGCUUUCUUCUCAAGAUGUCGGGAAAGUGCUAACGCGUUACCCGUCGAUCAUAAGUUACAGCGUGGAAGAGAAGCUACGGCCCACAGCUGAAUAUUUUUCUUCAAUAGGAGUUAACCCUGCGGUUCUUAUGUCUCGUUGUCCGCAAGCUUUUGGUCUUAGCAUCGAGUCGAGUUUGAAGCCGGUUACCGAGUUUUUCUUGCAGAAAGGAUACCAUAUCGCGGAUUUUGCACUGAUGGCUUCUAGAUAUGGAGCUCUUUAUACUAUUAGCGUGGAAGAUAACUUGUUACCGAAAUGGGAAUACUUUUUGACGAUGGAGUAUCCGAAAACCGAACUGGUUAAGUUUCCUCAGUAUUUCGGGUACAGUUUGGAGGAGCGGAUUAAACCGAGGCAUGAAAUUGUUAGAGAGAGUGGGGUGAGGCUGCUGUUGAACCAGGUGUUGUCGCUUUCGGAUGAAGACUUUCAGAAACUUGUUAAGAGAAAAGUGAAGAAAAAGAACGCGUGUGCGUGAUUUGUAGAAAUCCCAGAUGCGGUAAUAACAUGAUGAUCCAGUAUGCAGUGUAAUAGAUGUAUGAAUGUUUUGCUUUGACAGAAUACAUUAAAGCUGAUGAAUGUUGUAGCUACUGGGCAAUUGCAUUAUGCUGUCAUUCUUAAACAUGUCAUUGAUGGAUCUAAAUAUUUGAUUAUACACUCAUAUGCCAGCCAUUAAA